CACGGCGGCAGCUUCCGAGAGCGUCCGGGCGCGGGCGGACUGGCGCGCAGCCCGACGGCUCUCAGGCGGCCCGGCUGUUGAGCGGCGACUGGAGCCAUGGCGGAGGCGGCGCCUGCUCGGCAUAGACGAAAGCGGCGCUCUGCCCCUUUAACAACUUCGACACCUCCUUCACAAGCAACAGAAAAAAGCUCAUAUUUUCAGACCACAGAGAUCUCACUCUGGACAGUGGUGGCUGCUAUCCAGUCUGUGGAGAAGAAGAUGGAGUCCCAGGCUGCCCGGCUACAGAGCCUAGAGGGACGCACUGGGACAGCAGAAAAGAAGUUGGCAGACUAUGAGAAGACGGCCGUGGAGUUGGGCAACCAGUUGGAGGGCAAGUGGGCCGUGCUGGGGACCCUGCUGCAGGAGUACGGGCUGCUACAGCGGCGGCUGGAGAACGUGGAGAACCUGCUGCGCAACAGGAGCUCCUGGGUCCUGCGGCUGCCCCCUGGCAGCAAGGGGGAGGCCCCUAAGGUGUCCAGGUCACUUGAGAAUGAUGGCGUCUGUUUCUCUGAGCAGGAGUGGGAGAACCUGGAGGACUGGCAGAAGGAGCUCUACAGGAACGUCAUGGAGAGCAACUAUGAAACACUGGUCUCUCUGAAGGUCCUUGGCCAGCCAGAGGGAGAAGCAGACUUGGGUACAGAAAUGCUGGGUGACUUGGAGGAGGAAGGCCCUGAUGCUGCCCACACUGUGGACGGGGCUGUGGUCAAGCAGGAGGUGCUGUACAAGCAGGAGGGCUCUGUGGGCCCCCCUGGCACGUUCUCAGGUGCUACUGAAGAGCAGGCUCUUCUCCGCUCAGAGCAUUUUGAGCUCUGGGAUGGCCAGAGUGGGUCUGUUCUUCUGGAGACAGGCCCUGGGGACUCUAAUCUCGAGGAUCCCAUUGAGGGGAGUACAGACCCUACCAGUGGCAGAAUUCUGGGCUGCUCCACAAAGCAGAAAUCCCACAGGCAGGUCCAGCUGGGUCAGGAAUGUGGGCAGAACCUGAAGCUAAAAAAGGACACUGCCAGUUCCUAUGAAUGUUCUGAGUGUGAGAUCAGUUUCCGCUACAAGCAACAACUGGCCACACAUCUGCAGAGCCACUCAGGGUGGGAGUCUUUCCCCACCACAGAGUCAGAGGAGAGCCUUAGGCCCAGGCCACGGCUGAAGCCACAGGCAAAGAAGGCAAAGCUGCAUCAGUGUGAAGUGUGCCAGAGGAGCUUCAGCUGCAAGGUGAACCUCAUCACCCAUCAGCGCUGCCAUCUUCAGGAGGGGCCUAGUGCUAGCCCACGUGUCCAGGAGAGGUUCUCACCCAACAGCCUGGUUGCCCUGCCUGGCCACAUCCCUUGGAGGAAAAGCCGGAGUUCCCUCAUCUGUGGGUACUGUGGUAAGAGCUUCAGCCACCCAUCUGACCUAGUGCGGCACCAGCGCAUCCACACGGGUGAGCGGCCCUACAGCUGCCCCGAGUGUGAGAAGAGCUUUGUCCAGAAGCAGCACCUCCUACAGCACCAGAAGAUCCACCAGCGGGAGCGGGGUGGACUGACCCUGGACCCCGGAAGGCCCAAUGGCCUUCUUUAAGGGUGCCAACCCCUCACCGUCCGGGGGCGGAGGGGGGUGGCAUUGGUCCCCCCGGAAAAGACACUGUGCGCUAUCAGGGACUAAUUUCUUCCUGAGGGCCCUUGCUUCUGAUUUGCCUUCCCUUGACCAAGUGCCAGACCGAACCCAAAGGCUGCCCUGAAAAUCCUGUGGAAGAGGAGGAAUCUAGGGCCCAGCCUCUCUUAUCAUCUUGACCCUGCCACUGAGAGUGCUGUCUCUUUGGCCCAGUCUAGUCUGGUUCUCCCAUCCAUCUGAUACUUGGGGGCUGGGGUUGGCAUGGUGACCCCACAGGGAUUGGUGGUCAGUUCCAGGGCCAAUCCCAGCAUUGCAAGUCUUCCCAUGGGCUACAGGCAAGCAGGUACAGGAGGAGUUUUGGGAAGAGUGACUCUCCACUUCCUCUUUUUUUUUGUAGUCUCUUUGUUAAUAACAGAGAAGAAAUAAUUUAAAUGAACUGCUUAUCCUGCUCUGAAGAUCCUUUUUUGGAGUUAGAUUCUAGUUAGAUUCUAGUUUAAAAAUUAUAUACAGCCCAACAGUUGGUUUUGUUUUUGUUUUUGUUUUUAAUUUCAGGAGUUGUAGAAGUUGUUCCUAACGUGGGGACUCCGCCUACCCUCUAAGAGGGGAUAGUUUAUGGGGCUGUUUUAGCCUGGCCACACUUAAGGCAGAGAACAAAGGGGACACAGUGCUGGGCUCCCUCUUGUGGGUGUGCUUGACCCUCUUAAAUGGGGCUAAUUGUCUCAGAAGGACCAAGAGGAAAAUUAGCCUCUGAAGCCCCCUGCCGGAUUCCUGUGAAGGAGUGGCCAGUAGGGUUCUGGUCCUGGGAGUGCUGGUGUUUUACCAUACCCCUCUCCCUCUGAGCCCCAACCCUGCUGUGUUUGUGCAGCCUCCCAGUGGAAGACUAGUCUGUUUCUCGAAGUGUUCAGCUUGUGCCAGUGGUUAUUUAGUUUGUACCUAUUACACCAGUCGUUACUUGAGGUUGUUCAAAUUACACUUCUGUCCCAGAGAUUGGCAGAAAGCACACAGAUGCUUGUCUCAGGAGUGUUGACGGAUGACCUGCCCCACUGUUGUUUACAGGGAUGGCAGUGGGCUCCUGGGUCAUAUGUGAAUGUCCCCUUGGAUGGUUUACAGUUGCCUAGAAUAAAAAAAA